AUGAAAUAUAAAAAAAUAAAAGAGAAAGUUUAAAAGUCAUCAGAAUCUUCUCCAAUAAUUGACAAGAACAUUGCUAAAAGAAAGGGUGACUAGGGAAGACCUAAAAAACCCAGCAAAGAAUUAAGAGAAGAAGAGAAUAAAAUAAAAUAAAUCUCCAUGAAUUUGUCUUAUUUAGAGGAAGCUUUAAUUUAAAAUUAUGGAGGUUUUGAAUUUUAAAAUAAAAUAGAAACUAAAAACAAGGCACUUAAUUUAAUCGAAAAACAUUUCGGUUUAUUUUAUAAAUAAAAGUUUGACGAAAUGCUAACUGAAAGAGAUUAAUUACUAAAAAUGCGUAUAGAUCCCAUAGAAUAUAAUGUGGUUCCUUUAAGUAGUGAAUAUUUUUUAAUUAAGUAUACAAAUAACGCAAAUAAAACAAUAGACCUUAAGCUAUUUCUGACCAUUUUCCUUUUCUUUAUAUUUUUCAAAACAGAUGAUAAUGGAUAUGAAGAAAUAUUCAGUUAUUUAAAAGAGAUAUAUAAAUCAAUUAAUAUCGACUGCAAACAUAUAAUCGAAAAUAUGAAUUCUAAUUAUAUUUUUCAAGUAAUUAAACCUCAAUAAAGAAUUGAAAUCUUUAAAGACUUUUAUAAAUACAUGUACUAAGAAAUGGAUAGAUUAUUGAGUUAAUAUCAAAUUAAAUUAGUGAUCUAGUGA